AUGUCGUCUCCGCUCUCCCAGAAACUCCCCCCUCCUCCGACGUCGAAGGCCAACGCAGCCUCACCGCCGGUAACCUCUGAAGAUGUCGAGCUUGGGUCGGUCCAGAAUGGUCAGGCGGAACCCAGUCUUCCUCUGGAAGACGAUAUCAUGCAAUGCGCCCGUAUAGGAGCCCUCGAGUACAUCCAGAAGCUGUUCCAGUCAGGCAAAUACGAUGCAAAGUACAAGGACGAAGAAGGGAUUACACCGUUACACUGGGCUGCCAUCAACAACCAAUAUGCCGUGUGCAAGUACCUGAUAGAGCAAGGGGCGGAUGUCAAUGCAAAAGGCGGAGAAUCCAAUGCGACCGCAGUCAUGUGGGCUUCACAGAGACGCCAUUUCUAUAUUGUGAAUCUCCUGAUAGAAAACGGAGCCGACCCUUUCCUCACAGAUGGCCAAGGUUACAACAUCUUACACCUAGCCACGAUCGAUGGAAACGCCCUUCUUUUGACCCUGCUCUUACAUCAGAACAUCCCCGUCGACGCGCCGGAUCCUCAAGGUCACACUUCGUUGAUGUGGGCAGGGUACAAAGGCUGGCCAGCCUGCGUUGACCUCCUGCUCCGCUGGGGAGCGAAUGUGAACGCUACCGAUGACAAUGGGUUCACACCUCUGCACUGGGCUCUUGUGAAAGGAUCUAAACCAUGCCUGGACAGACUAAUCGAAUACGGUGCUGACCGAUUCGCAAAGACGGCGGAAGGAAAGACCCCGAACGCCUGUGCCGAAGAGAUGAACACCAAACGGGCAUAUCACCGUUCUCUAGCCGACCAUGGGUAUGAUGCCUCGGGCAACAUGAAAACGCUUCCUCUCAACUUACACUUGCUCCUUCGCAACCGGUCACGAAUGUCCAAAUUCUUCUUUCUAUACCCCUUUUUCAUCAUCAUGAUUGGCCUGUAUAUAAUCACUCACCUCAACAUCUACGUCGGCAUUCCGGUCUUCCUGGCGGUCUGUCUAGGCAUGCAAUAUCUGGCACAGCGGAUCGCAGCGAUAGGCCCGCUGGAAUAUCACUCCAUCCACAAAACGCCAUAUCUGGCCGGCAUCUUCGCAGGGACGCUGUUCUGGGUCGGGGUCAGCUACUUGACAUCUAUCAUGCCUGUCACGUUUUCGACGAACCCAAUCUCCAACAUCUCAUUCAUCCUUUCGUUCUCCAGCACGUCCUACUUCUAUUUUACAGCCAUGCUGGAGGACCCCGGGUUCGUCCCGAAACUGGCGUCGCGGAACCAACAACGGGCCGUGAUCCAGGAACUCUUCUCACUCUGGAAGUUCGAUGAAGAGAAUUUCUGCGUACAAUGCAUGAUCCGCCGGCCCUUGAGGUCGAAACACUGUCGCCGCUGCAACCGAUGCGUGGCCAAGCACGACCACCACUGCCCCUGGAUCCACAACUGCGUGGGCAACAAUAACCUGCGACACUUCUACAUCUACAUCCUCAGUCUGGAGGUUGGGAUCAUCUUAUAUGUCCGACUGGUUCUCUCGUACCUGGAACUUCUCCCCGCGCCAUCCGACGAGGCUAUUGCACAAUGUAACGGCCUCGGUCCUGCACUGUGCUCCUUCGUCUUGCGCGACCCGUGGACCGUGGCGCUGUCGUUUUGGACGUGUAUCCAACUCGUCUGGGUGACCAUGUUGAUCGUGGUGCAGACCGUGCAGAUCUGCAAGAACCAGACGACAUACGAGAACAUGCGCCGCCACUCGCAUCUGCAUGACCGUGGCCCGCUGCUCCCGCAACACGCUCGACCCAUCACACAAGGAGCCUCUACAGCCACGACCUCUCUCAACGAUACCGCAGCCGCAGCCUCCCGGAUCAACCCUAUCCCGCGCCGUCCGGACGGCUAUAUCACACGGAUGAUGAAAUUGAUCGGCCUUGAUGCGUUCCUGGCUACCGCGUCCGACGCCUCUCAUGGCAAACUGCAGACCCGGACCGGCAACCCCUACAGCCGCGGCGUCAUUGGCAAUUGCAAGGACUUCUGGUGCGAUCCGGCGCCCAUCUUCGGCAGGAGGAAGAACGGCGAAGGGUUCCUGGGGGGUGAUGUGGUCGACUAUGCGCACCUCUAUGAAGUCCCGCUCCGGUUCAGGAGAGGAGCGGGCGGCAUGGCGUAUACUAGAGUCGCCGGGGAUGAUGACGUCGACGUAUGA